GGCGGUUCUUCGUUCUGUGUUUCCCGCAGUGCACUUCAUUCCUGCACCGGGUGGCGGCAACGUGCAGCGCGCGUCUCUCAACCACCCCCCUCCCCGAUCUGGACUUGCACUCACCCACCAUGCUGCUCUCUGUCCCGUCUCUCCUCAGGCCAAAAUCCUGAAGAUGAUGGAAGAUAACAAGCAGCUGGCUCUGCGGAUAGAUGGGGCCAUUCAGUCCGCCAGUCAGGAGGUGACCAACCUGCGAGCCGAGCUGACGGCCACUAACCGGAGACUGGCUGAGCUGAACAGCGCCGACCCCUGUGUCACGGACAACAACCAGCACAACACGCAAGGUAUGGAGUAUGGCAAAAUGAAGCUGAGCAGAUCUGGAACACUUCAAAUGCAAGAAAAGUACACAAAUGGCUUGCUGCUAAGGGAAGAAGUGUCGCAACUACAAGAUGAGGUUCACUUGCUCCGACAAAUGAAGGAAAUGUUAACCAAAGACCUGGAAGAGUCGCACGACAGCAGGUCUGCGGAGGUCCUUUCUGUGACAGAGCUAAAGGUGCAGCUAGCGCAGAAAGAGCAAGAAUUAGAAAGAGCAAAAGAAGCACUUCAAGCCAUGAAAGCAGAUCGGAAGAGGUUAAAGGCAGAGAAAACGGACCUAGUAAGCCAAAUGGAACAGUUAUAUACAACCCUUGAGAGUCGGGAGGAACAGCUGCGGGACUUCAUCAGGAAUUAUGAGCAGCAUAGAAAGGAGAGUGAAGAUGCAGUAAAGGCUUUAGCAAAAGAAAAAGAUGUUUUAGAGAGAGAAAAGUGGGAGCUGCGGCGCCAGGCCAAGGAAGCAACGGACCAUGCAAGUUCUUUGCGGUCACAGCUGGAUUUAAAGGACAACAGGAUUAAGGAGCUUGAAGCUGAGCUUGCAAUGAUAACAAAGUGCUUUGUCCAGAGAAGGGAAUAUCGUGUUUUUGAUCACCUCUAUGAGAAGGAGCACUUUUCAAGAGGGAUAGCGGCAAAACAGUCCUUAGCGACGCUUACAAAGGAUGUGCCCAAGCGCCACUCUCUAGCAAUGCCUGGGGAAACUGUGUUAAAUGGUAAUCAGGAGUGGGUAAUGCAUGCAGACCUCCCGCUGACCGCGGCAAUUCGACAAAGCCAGCAAACCCUAUACCACGGGCAUCCACAGCAUACCAUAGACCGGCAAGCUGUCAGAGUUAGUCCUUGCCAUUCCCGUCAACCCUCAGUAAUAUCUGACGCUUCUGCAGCAGACGGAGACAGGUCUUCAACACCAAGUGACAUCAACUCUCCGAGACAUCGAACGCAUUCCCUCUGCAAUUCUUUAGAAGACCUUGAAGACCAAAAAAAGAAGAAGAAGAAAGAAAAGAUGGGUUUUGGCUCCAUAUCCAGAGUUUUUGCCAGGGGAAAGCCGAGGAAAUCUUUAGAUCCCAGCCUAUAUGAUGGUACCACUCCUGACUAUUACAUUGAGGAAGAUGCAGACUGGUGAAGUGCCUGUUUACCCUGUGUGUGUACAUGUGGCAGGACACACGUGCCCGUGUCAUACAAUGUGAGCCUUUUAUUUUGUAUUUGUUGUAUGAGGGAUUGCGGCUUGUGGCUCUCCAGCUGUCAUUGAUCUACCGCUCUUAUGAACCAAACAACAAAACCCUCAGCUCUGGCAUUCUGGGAGUUGUAGGUCAACUGGAGAAGCUCAAGUUUUGUGUUGUACAUAACAUGUUCAAACCUGUUUGUUGCCUGUAGAUUUGAUGCAGUUGUGUUGGAUUCCAUUUUUAGAUUUUUUUCCCCUAAUUUUUCCUUUUUUUUUUUCCUUUUUUUUUUUUAAAGGGGAUUUAUUGUUGUUUUUUUUUUUUUGUUUGUUUGUUUCAAAACUUGAAAAACUACUGUGUAUUUGUAAAUAACAUAAAAAGUGCACUUUGUGCUUGUAGUGUCUCUCGUCCAGAAAGCGGUUUUCUCGAGCCCCUAGUAUGAUGCACCCUGUUAUUUCAUAUGUUUGCGUGACAUUAUCCUGUUUAAGGGGUGUGCCAGUGCUUUGUUUAAAAAAGGGAAAAAGUUUAAAAAAAUAAAAUAUAUAUAUAUAUACAGAAUCUUUAUUCAGAGAAGGUCGCCACUUUUUCUGGAUGAAGGGUUUAAUAACCUUUAAUGCCUGCCAGACAAAGUUUUCUUUUGUUUGUAUUUUUUAAUUUAUUUGCAUAAAUGCACAAAACGUGUUAUAUCUAAAUUAUAAAGUAAUUGUUGAAGUUCUAUUUUUUCCCUAAAGGAAGGAGGGUAUGUUUAUAUCAUAUUGUUCUCUGGAGCUCCAUCUCAGCGUGUCAGUGGAGUGGAGAAGUGGCCGGCGCAAAGGCAGUGCAAACGGAACCUCUCGACUUAACACCAUUUUAAUAUCCACUUGGUUACGUCUUCCAAUAUACAAUUUCUACCAUGUCCACAGUAUUUAAGGUAGCAGCCCGCACAGACACCCACACAACUGUCUAUAUAUGUAUAUAUAUUUAUAUAUGUAUGUAUAUAUACCAACAUAAACCGCACUCAUAGGACUUUAGUGAAAGCAACAACAAAAAGUUGUGAUUUAUUUUAACGUUUCGGCUGCCACACUCGAGCCAUCUUCGCGAAGACAGCUCCACCCACACGCACACACACACACGUACACACGUUUUGGUUACAUAGCAGUGUUUCUAAAUGCUGAAAUAUUUUAGUGGAAAAUGUAACCCCAAUUUCAUUUACAUACCAUUGCUCAGUUUAAAGGGGAAGUUGUGGACAGUAAGUAAUCUUACAGUUUAUUUUUUUUGUAUUUUAAAGGAUAAGUAAACCUUAAAAAGAGGUGAAUGUAAAAUUGAUGAGGGUGCUAUUCUAAGCACUUUUGCAAUGUACAUUCAUUUUUUUUAAUUCCAAGAUAUUAAGAGAUACAUGUGCUGUUAAUGUAAAUGAAUUUUGUUACAACGUCACCUACUGGUCAUUUCCCCACACCUGUCUUGGCAUAAUUAUAUGGUUUCUCUUGUACAUGCUGUGAAUACCUCUUGAUUUCUUCAUUCCAAGAUAUUAGAAGUUACAUAAAUAUGAAUGAAUAUAGUUACAAAACCGCCACCUGCAGAUCAUUUUCCAACAGUCUGACCACCAAGUAGUCAAGGAAGUUGUCAGGAGAAAGAAAGAGGCUGAUCUGAUGUUCUUCUGAUUCGGAAAACAUUUUUUAAACCUUUCUCGCAUCUUUCCUAACCAGAAAACCACCAGAACAGCCUCUUUCUCUCUCCUGACAACUUCCUUGACCAAUUGGUGGUCAGACUGGUGGGAAAAUGACCAGCAGGUGGCAGUUUUGUAACUAAAUUCAUUCAUAUUUAUGUAACUUCUAAUAUCUUGGAAUGAAGAAAUCAAGAGGUAUUCACAGCAUGUACAAGAGAAACCAUAUAACUAUGACAAGACAGGUGUCCCCCUAAACAAAGAGCAAUUGAGCUGGAUAAUGUUAGAGACAAGAUGAUAGGUACAAACUGGUACAUUGCACCUGUACAGGAGUUAUUCAGCCUUAAAUAAUAAGAUAUGCCAUAUCCCAAGGCUUAUAUAAUUGGGGUGAAUAUGGAGUAGCGCCUGCUAUUCAUAGGAGUUGCUUAGGCAAGAUAAGUAUGGAGCCAGUGAGGUUUGUCCGUUAUAUCAGAUGGAAGGUAGGUCAGACUGCAGAGCAAGUAGGGUGGCAUGAAGAUGAAAAGGGGCUUUAAAAGUCUAACCCCCAUAUGUAAUAUAAGGCACUAACCCUCAUAUGUAAUAACAGCCACUAAGUUUGCCCAGGAGCAGUUACCCAUAGUAACCAAUGAUAUGUUUGCUUUUAAACAGGUGAACAGUAAAUGCUACCUGCUGAUUGGCUGCUAUGGGUUAUUGCCCCUGGGCAAGCAUAGUGCCUUUUAUUACAGAACCCUCUAAGUUUGCUCAGUAGCAACCAAUAAGAUGCUUGCGUUUAAACAAAUUCUACCUGCUGAUUGGUUACUGCACCUGGGCAAUCUUAGUGCCUUUUAUUACAUAACCCCCUAAAACUAUAACAUUACUCGGAUGACUACACUCCACAACUUCAUUUGUUCUGGGCUCGUUCUAUUUCCUAAUCUCUCCCUACAAGAGACAUUUUCCAUUUUCGUAUUGUAAAGAGAGGCCUGGAAGAAGAAGAAGAAGAAGAAAAACCCCAUUUCAUUUACUUCUUACAAGAAACACUGGAUUUAUUUUUGUCCUGUGAUUUCCAUUAAAAUGCGGCAAUUUCUGGCCAAGCAGAAUGGGCUGGCAGUGGCAUAAAUAGAUCUUUGUUUGGCCAUUUUAUUUUCAAUCAAACUCCUCUCUGUGCAAGUGACUGUGUAAUUGCCUGUAACCGGCUUUGUGUUUCUCCCUUCCUACUAAUCUGUGUAUUUUGCUUUAUCCGAAAAAACAACUGAAUGUCGAGCUCUGAAAACUGUAACAUGGACAUUUGAUAAUGUUUAGAUGGUAUUUUUCCAUUUAGUGCACCCCAUGGAAGGGGUAUUUAGUCUUACAGCUCUUGUUAACACCAUGUAUAUUCUCACUGGCUUUGGGGAUCGGAAGAAAAAACACAUUUUUCUUUUCCCGUGUCCAGACGAAGUGUUUUAUAAAGCUUUUUUUUUUUCCCCCCCUGUGUUUUAUUUUUUUUAAAAAAACAAAAGCUCAUGGUUAUUUAGUACUUUUCAUUACAUGCUAGGAAAUCAUUUUAAAGCAGAUGGUCUAUUGAAAAAAAAAUAAAGAAAUAAAAGAGCGAUAAUAUGUAGUAUAAAAUGUUUGGUAACUUUAGUUUUAAUUAUGGCCACCUUGGUCGUGGAUCAACUCUAAAGGCAUGGAGGCAAAUACAAAAAAAAUCAAUAAAGCAUAUUUUAAAAUA